AUGCAGGCAACAGAGCGGGACGGGGCGGUAAGUGGUCCCGAAGCAGGGGUGGGGGGUGGUGAGGCCCCGCCGGAGCCGUCACCACCCAAGGCUGCCGCCGCCGCUUUCGACCUGCUGGAGCUGGUGCGGAGCUACCGUCGGCUGGAGCUCUACCUGGAACCACUGCGGGACGCAGCUGAGGGCAUUCGUUCCCUUCUCCGGUGGCAGCGGCCCGUGUGCUCCCUUUUUGUCUGCCUCAGCCUCAACUUUCUUCUCCUUACCUUCGGCCGAGCCGCCUGGUACUCGGUGCUUGCCCUGUUGGUUGUGGUGCCGGCCCUGCUGGGCUACCUGCAGGAGACGUGCCGGGCCCGGCUAUCAGAGCCCGAACUGGUGCGCAGGAGAUACUACAGCGUUCGCCGGGAAGACCUCUGCAGGGUACAGCUCUCGAGGCAGGAGGCCAUCGCCCAGGUCAAGAGCUUCCUGAUCCAGCUGGAGGGAUUCCUGAGUGGGAUGUGCUGCACCUGCAAGGCAGUGUACCGUGUACUGUACUGGGAGAACCCCACUGUUUCUUCCCAGUUUUAUGGGGCACUGCUGGGCUCUGUCUGCAUACUUUACCUGCUGCCCCUCUGCUGGGUCCUGGCCAUCCUCAACAGCACCCUCUUCUUGGGCAAUGCCCAAUUCUACCAAGUGAUAAUGGAGCUCAAGGCCUCGAUUGAGCAGUGUGUGGGGACCAAACCCCUAGAGAGCACUUCAGAACCUGCGGAACCCCUGCCCCCUCCUGUCCCCCUGGAUCGGACACCCACACCCACCAGCACAGAGGACCUUACUCCUGGCAGUGUGGAGGAGGCAGAGGAGGCAGAGCCUGAUGAAGAGUUCAAAGAUGCUAUUGAGGAGAACCAGCUGCUGGUCAUGGAAGAUGACGAGAGCUCUCAGUGCUCAGCAGAGUUUGACCUCAGCCUUCCAGACAACGGUUUUAUGAGCAAAAAUGAGGUGAUCCGCAGCAAGGUGUCACGCCUGACCGAGCGCCUGCGCAAGCGCUGCCCCACCAACAACUUCGGGAGCUGCACAGGCUGUGCAGCCACCUUCUCUGUGCUCAAGAAGAGGCGGAGCUGCAGUAACUGUGGGAACAGCUUCUGCUCCAGGUGUUGUUCCUUCAAAGUCCCUAAGGCUGUGAUGGGAGCCACAGCCCCAGAGGCACAGAAGGAGACAGUGUUUGUGUGUGCUCUGUGCAACCAGGUGCUCAUCAAGUGA